AUGCUGGUCGAGCUCAAAUCUCGAGAGCUACUCGAGAGGGCAGUUGCCGAGACGACGGGUGACGUCAACACUAUCUACUUUCCAUUCUCGGUGCGCGGAUAUCUGGAAGACAGUUUUCCUGAAUCUCCUUUACGAGUGUUUGUGUAUCCAGCACGUGGUCCGAGGAAGUAUUGGUUCAUGAUCAAAGAUAACGAGCACAUCAAGCCAUACUGCAUGCUGGCCCAAGCAGCUGGAACGCAUUUGGAGAGAAGAGAAUACUAUGACUGUCUACGAGAGUUUAGAGUAAGAGCCUUUGGUGCACUUGAUAGCAACCGAACCCAUUUGAUCAUUGGCAGAGAAGAACUUGUGAAAGCUUACACCUGCCUCAUGAAGAACGUUGUUUGCGAUCUGGAAGAGAGCAACCUGAACCUGGAACUUUUUUAUAUGGAUGAAAAACAGUGUCGGCAGGCCCGUAACGGAAAAGAGCCAUGUCUUACACUGCCUGAAGGCUACUACUUCGACGAGGUAGACCCAUUUUCCGAGGGUGAGCUGAUUAACAACACGUGGCAACAUGCCAAGGAGGGUGAUCUCGAACAGACCAUCGCGAAGUUGGCUCGUCUGCCAUCUGCUUGCGUUCGUUACAAUGGAACUCCUGUGGCUUUUGAAAUGGUGGAUCCAGCUGGAUUUUUCAAUAAUCAGUACGUCUUCCCUGAACAUCGUCGGAAAGGUCUUGGAGGAGCUGUUGAGACGAAGCUCAUCCAGCAGUGUGUGGGGGCCGGCAUGAGACCGUUCAAAACCGUAUCUCGUUCCAACCAGUCCGUUUUGGCUGCUACGUACUCCUCAUCGCAGUGGACCCACUGGAAGGAGAACGAUCGACCCGUAGUGGUGAUUUUCCAGGAUUGGACGGUGCCGAACCAUUAGCAGCUCUAUAGAUUCUCGGCCA